GGAGUCAGUCUGGGAGUUGGUCCGUUGUCCUGCAGGAAGCAUUCCUUCCUCAGAGUUAUAACUCAGAGUUUAUCAGAACUGGAAGAAAAAAGCUAAACAGGGAAACUGUGGACCUGAACUCCUCUGAACAAUGAGUCACACUGAGCUUCACCAGAUAUUAAUGCUGCUCACAGUGGAUGACAACUCUCCGUCAUCAUGGCACAACGAUUGAAACAUUCAUCUGAGUUUCUACAUGGUUACAAAGCUCAGCUGUCUGAAUGGACUUUCAGACAGACUUACAAGGAGAGGAAGGAAAAACCUCAGCUACAGGUUUAAACAAAGCUUCUCAACAGGUUUUAGCUCCGCCCCUUCUCUGACUCACCUGAGGGGAAACAGGAAGCAGCUUGUAAAACAGAGAUGAUCAGAUUCACCGUCAGAACAAACUGACUGCUUCAUCUGAGUAAAUCCAGCUGCAAGACGGAAAUAAGAACAGAGGGAGGGAACCUGACUGACUGGACCUGCUGCUGUUUCAGCUUCACUCAGAGACAAAAUGGCUUCCAGAUCAGAGGAUCUCUGCUGUCCGGUCUGUCAGGACGUCUUUAAGGAUCCGCUUGUUCUGUCAUGUAGCCACAGCUUCUGUAAGGAGUGUUUGAUGAACUGGUGGAGAGAGAAACCAGCAACAGAGUGUCCAGUUUGUAAGACCGUAUCGUUGACCAAAGAUCCUCCAGUUAGUCUGACUCUGAAGAGACUCUGUGAAUCUUUCCUACUGCAGAGAGAGCAGAAAGUUUCAGAGGGUCUCUGCAGUCUGCACUCUGAGAAACUCAAACUCUUCUGUCUGGACCAUCAGCAGCCAGUUUGUCUCGUCUGCAGAGAUUCAGAAAAACACUCCAAGCACAGAUUCAGACCCAUCGAUGAAGCUGCUCAGGAUCACAGAGAGAAUCUGAAAACAUUUCUGGAGCCUUUAAAGGAGAAACUGGAGCUGAAGAAGGAAGUUAAAGAGAAGUUUGAUCAGACAGCAGAACACAUGAAGGUCCAGGCCCGACACACAGAGAGGCAGAUUGUUGAGCAGUUUAAGAAGCUUCGUCAGUUUCUAGCAGAGGAAGAGGAGGCCAGGCUGGCUGCACUGAGGGAGGAAGAGGAGCAGAAGAGAGGGAUGAUGAAGGAGAAGAUGGAGGCUCUGAGCAGAGAGAUAGCAGCUCUUUCAGACACAGUCAGAGCCACAGAGGAGGAGCUGAGAGCUGAAGACGUCUCAUUCCUGCACAACUACAAGGCUGCAGUGGAAAGAGUCCAGCGCUGCCCCCUGCUGGAGGAUCCACAGCUGCCCUCAGGAGCUCUGAUAGACCAGGCCAAACAUCUGGGCAACCUGGCCUUCAACAUCUGGAGCAACAUGAAGGACAUGGUGACCUACACUCCUCUGGUUCUGGACCCAAACACGGCUCAUCCAAAGCUCCUGCUGUCUGACGAUCUGAGCGUUGUGACAGUAGGACAGAGGCAGCAGCUGCCUGAUAAUCCGGAGCGGUUGGACGUUUGGUGGUCCGUUCUCGGCUCUCAGGGUUUUAACUCCGGGAUCCACAGCUGGGACGUCGAUGUUGGAGGCAGUGAGGUUUGGACUCUGGGUGUGUUAGCAGAAUCUGUCCACAGGAGGCGAAACAUACUGUCUGGUUUAUGGGGAUUGACGUUAACAGAAGAUGGAUUAUCAGUUUGUUCUCCAGGAUCCUCCUCAGAUCUAUCAGCCCAGAAGAAGAUCCAGAGGAUCCGAGUGGAUCUGGACUGGGACGGAGGGAAUCUGUCCUUCUCUGAUCUGGACACUAACACACACAUACACACCUUCACACACACCUUCACUGACCGGAUGUUUCCUUACAUUCACACUCUGGAUGAAGUAAAAAUCUCACAGAUGAAGAUCUGAGUGAGGAUGGAGAAAACAAACUCAGAGAUUUAAAAUCUGAUCAUCUGCUUGUUUCUGGUUUAAUGGUUCACUAAUCUCAGUGUUUUAAAUGACAAACUUAUCAGAUAAAUUUGGUUAAAUUCAUUUACAUACGAUGUAGUUUAUGUCUGUCUGGUCUACAUAUUCAGAAUAAUAUCUUCACUUGAGUUAAAUAACUGGGCAGUUAUCAAAUAAACAACAUAAAAAAUAAUCUGGUUUAUUGUAUUGAGCUGAAAUAAUGGAGGGAAUUAAAUAAACUUAUUAAUGUUGAUAACUCAGAAAUCUGAUGUUUUAAACAGAAACAAACUCCUGGUUAUAAACAAACUAAUAUGACAUAUUUUAAUAAAAAAUUGAAUAACCAACAAUCUGUGAGUGAGAAAAUUGUUUUAUAAUCUUUAUGAAGUUUAGUUUGACCGGUCCAAACUAAACGGGUCGUGAAGGACAGAGGAGCCAUUUUCAUUUUACACCUUAAAUAUCAUCGGGCUGUUUCCCAAAACCAAACAUGAAAAAUAAACGGUGCUUAAGGUUUACUGACUUCCAUAGAAACUCCAACUGAGUUCUGUAUAAUAUCAAGUUAAUGGGAAGUUUCUGUCUUUAUUUGUGUUAAAAAAGAGUAAAAUAAUUUUAAGCCUGGUCCUGGAGUCGUUCAGGUCGGACACGGCGGACUUCUGCUCCGACACGAGAACCACACAGCUCAUGCUAACGUCACAUGACCUGAGGAUGUACAGGCCUCAACACGACUGAAUCACUACUAAUAUGAGCUCAACAUCAAAUAAAUUUAGAGUUUUUAAUCUGUUCUUCAACCAUCAAAGUGUUUUUCCAGAGUUUUAGGAAGCUCUUUAGCUUAGCAUUAGCGGAUACAUCUUUAGCAUUGAAGUGUUAUUUUAAGCUAGCAUAGUUUCACUGAUAGGCUAACUCCUUUUAGCUGAACUUGAACACAACAGUAGUGUUUUCCAGCAUCCAAUCAGAUUGAUUAGAAGCAGAAAUUAAAGCCCAGUGGACCCAGAGACGACUCUUCAUCGCUGCUGUCUGAGGAAGACGCCUGUGCCACUCGUCUGUUCUCAGUCAUUUUGGUCUCGUUUCUAAUCAGACUUUGGUUCAGUGAUAGAUAAACCUGGACUGAGCCAGAAGCUUCUGGUUAGCAGACCCGUUUAUCUG